GCAUCGAUAGACGGGCCCACUAAUCACAUUACCAACCAUCAGCCAUCGGCCAUCAAGAACCCAGCCCUCAGACCAUCGUCAGUCGGAAACCGAAUCACAGAGCCGCAACACUAGACUCACAGUUCGCAUUGCAUACUUUUUGGCGCGCAGCGAAAUAAACACACCAAUACGUACACCAAUACAACACACCAACACAAACAGGCUCGUUUGCUUCAACUGUGUGUGUGUCCUGUGCCUGUGCCUGUGUCUGUGUGUGUGCCUUCUAAAGUCGCCCAUCCUGCGAAGCGACAGAAUUCAUCAACUCUUGUGUCUGGGGUGGUAUGUGGAUAAAUUCUAGCCGCCAUGGAUCCCAGUGCUCUACAAAACAUGGAUCGGGACGCAUUAAAGAAGCAAAUCGAGAAUAUGAAAUAUCAGGCCUCCAUGGAGCGCUGGCCGUUAUCUAAAUCCAUAGCAGAAAUGCGCUCGUUCAUCGAGGAGAACGAGAAGAACGAUCCGUUGAUCAAUGCGCCGGAUAAGAAGAACAAUCCGUGGGCCGAAAAGGGCAAAUGCGUUAUUAUGUAAUAUUAUCGUAAACCACAGAAAUACCGC